CGUCCGCGCGCCACAGACGCGAUCGCGACCUCACAUCUCUCUUACGUAACACGGACAUAUAUCUCAGAUAACUUUCGUUAAUUGUUACGGACACUGAUGUUAUUGUUGCCGAAUGUUCUCUCUGUGAUUGUAUUGUACUAUUGUAGAUGUUUUUGUGUUGUUCAAGACGUGUUUAAAAUAAACCACAAGAACUACAGACAAACGUCGCCAGGCGGAACACAGCAAGAGACGGACGGCACGCGAACUUAUAUUUAAUAAAUAUAAAGAGGAGUUUGAGCUUCGAUAUGAGCAAUAUGUAUCGUGAAGAGGCGAGAGGCUGAAGGGUCGAUAUGGUCCGGGCGUAGGUGAGUAGCUGAGCUGUGAGGUCCGAAUGCACCCCACCGGCGCGGCCAGUCUGCCCGCCGCGCCUGAGGCGGAGGUGCAAGCUAUGCACUCCAUGGACUGGCUCUUCAAGAAGGAAAGGAUAUACCUACUAGCGCAGUUCUGGCAACAGCGAGCUACUUUGGCUGAGAAAGAAGUGACGACGUUGAAGGAGCAGCUCGCCACAACGAGCCCGACCUCACUCCAAGCCACGGUCCCGAAAACUAAUGGCUCUCACUUAGAGCCGUCCAGGGAACAGGCAACGGAAACAAGAAUACCCGAGCGAUUCAGUCCCGACAUCAAAGAAGAGAAGAGAAUCUUGGCAGAUAUUGAUGAAGAUAUAGAACAGAAGAUCGAGAUGGCGGCCACAGCUAGGAGUAAUAGCAACUCGUCCAGAAGCAGCCCCGUCGUCACCCAGGCCGGCAACCUUGAGAACGAACUGGCUGCCAAAGAGAAAGAGAUUGCUCAGCUAGUUGAGGACGUGCGUCGUCUGCAGGCGUCCCUGUCAGCGCUGCAGGAAGCGCACGCUCAGCAGCUGCAGCGGCUCGAGGAGCGGCUUGAUGAAAAGAAGCAGCACAUCGCCAGGCUCGAAGCCAGACUCGACACUCAGAGAGACUACGAUGAUAUCAAGAGGGAGAUCAGCAUGCUCCGUUUCUCAGAGCUGGGCGCCGCUGAGCGGCCUCACUCCCUUACACACGCUAAAGACAUAUUCGGAUCUCAGAAUCAUUUGCUACGAACCAUGGAUCUAGGAUCCAAUGAGCGAGUGGAACGCAAAGAAACCCUGAGAUCUCCCGCAGCUCCGUCACUGAGAGACAGCUCCGUGGAACGCGAACGCAGCAGCGAAAGACGAGAACCAGGUGUCGACGAGUGGCCCGGCACGCCACCGCCCCUGAACAACAACACCACGCACCACAACAACAACGGCCCGGUGCCUCUGCCGCUGCCGCCGCCGAGCCCCUUCCGCUUCGAGGAGCACCGACCUUACCGGUUCGCCGAGGACAUGGGCCCACUGCCGCCCGGCGCACUUGUCGGCCGCCUCGGGGACUCGCUCAUACCUAAGGGUGACCCCAUGGAAGCACGCCUGCAAGAGAUGCUCAGAUACAACAUGGACAAAUACGCCAACUCCAACUUGGACACCCUGCACAUAAGCCGACGGGUCAGAGAGUUGUUGUCCGUUCACAACAUCGGCCAGAGACUGUUCGCCAAAUACGUCCUCGGGCUAUCGCAAGGAACGGUGUCGGAACUGCUCUCUAAACCGAAACCUUGGGACAAAUUGACUGAGAAAGGAAGAGAUUCCUAUAGAAAGAUGCAUGCGUGGGCGUGCGACGAGGCAGCCAUCAUGCUACUGAAGUCCUUAAUUCCUAAAAAAGCAGAGUCUGCUUUCAAAGUUGGAACAAAAGACGGUACAACCGGCCCCGGGUUCGGGAGGUCAGAUGGUGACGGCGAGGAACGCCUGGCUCACAUGCUCAAUGAAGCCUCACAUAUCAUGAAGACACCGACGGGACAAGCCAACAACGAUGACUCCAGGAGCAACGAAGACUCCAGCUCACCGAGGACCCAGUGCCCGUCACCGUUUUCUAAUAAGGAUUCGAGUCAAAACAGACGGCUUAAGAAAUACGAAAACGAUGACAUUCCUCAAGAAAAAGUAGUGCGUAUAUACCAAGAAGAGCUGGCGAAGAUAAUGACGAGACGCGUGGAAGACAUGCGCCAUAACAGAGACGGCUUCCCUGGCAUGUUUCCACCAUUUUUCAGCAGCGGCAUGGCCCCGCACAUGGAACGUCCUCCGGAAGACAUUAGGAUGGCUCUGGAAGCGUAUCACAGGGAACUAGCCAAAAUACAACCGGGCGGAAACAUUCCGACCCUGCACAACUUGCCAGGGAUGCCACCCUUCCCCAACCUGCUGGCCCUUCAGCAGCAAGCCAUGCAAGCACAAAGCCAGCACAUCAACGGCUCCGGGGCAAUCCAAGAUCUCUCUCUGCCCAAAGAGAAAAAUACCAAAAUUAAUGGAAUGACUGAUAGUGAUAAGGAAAGGUCUAUGGACGCUGAAGAGGCCAUCAGACACGCGGGAAGCGCUUUCUCGCUAGUUAGACCGAAAUUAGAACCGGGACAGCAAUCCACCGGCUCCUCGGCAUCCAGCCCGCUGGGAAAUGCUAUUCUACCUCCCGCCAUUACGCCGAAUGAAGACUUCAGUAACUCGGCCGCAGCGAGUCCAUUGCAAAGAAUGGCUUCCAUAACGAAUAGUUUGAUAUCCCAGCCCCCGAAUCCGCCACACCACGCGCCACCGCAGAGAUCGAUGAAGGCAGUCCUGCCACCGAUAACUCAGCAACAGUUCGAUUUGUUCAACAAUUUGAACACGGAGGAAAUCGUGAAGAGAGUCAAAGAGGCUCUCAGCCAGUAUUCCAUAAGCCAGAGAUUGUUCGGCGAAUCCGUGCUCGGCCUGUCUCAAGGAUCCGUCAGCGAUCUGCUAGCGAGACCGAAGCCAUGGCACAUGUUGACACAAAAGGGAAGAGAGCCGUUCAUUCGUAUGAAAAUGUUCUUGGAGGAUGAAAACGCAGUGCACAAAUUGGUUGCGUCCCAAUACAAAAUCGCACCGGAGAAGCUGAUGAGAACAGGAAACUAUAGCGGAGCACCUUCAUGUCCGCCAAAUAUGAACAAGCCGAUGCCACCAACACAGAAGAUGAUCUCAGAUGCCACGGUGCUCCUUAGCAAGAUGCAGCAGGAACAACUUCUAGGAUCUGGACACUUAGGACAUUUGGGACAACCGACCCCUCUCCUGUUGACUCCGCCUGGCUUCCCACCACAUCACGCCGUGACGCUGCCGCCUCAGCAUCACGACAACAACAACAAGGAGAGGAAACCACCACCGCCUCCACAACCCCAUCACCAGCCGCCCGUGAUGCGAGGCCUUCACCAGCACAUGUCACCCAGCGUCUACGAGAUGGCAGCUCUGACGCAAGACCUCGACACUCAGACGAUCACGACCAAAAUAAAGGAAGCGCUCCUCGCCAAUAACAUCGGACAGAAAAUAUUCGGCGAGGCCGUGUUGGGACUCUCCCAGGGAUCGGUCAGUGAACUUCUAUCGAAACCGAAACCCUGGCACAUGUUGAGUAUCAAAGGACGAGAGCCCUUCAUCAGAAUGCAGCUCUGGCUCAGCGAUGCGCAUAAUAUAGAUCGUCUCCAAGCGUUGAAGAAUGAGAGACGCGAAGCUAACAAGAGACGGCGAUCGAGCGGACCCGGUCAGGAUAACUCCUCGGACACCUCAUCGAAUGAUACGUCGGAGUUCUACCACUCCAGCUCGCCUGGACCGAUACCCGGCGCGCCGUCCGCCAAGAAGCAGCGCGUGCUGUUCUCGGAGGAACAGAAGGAAGCGCUGAGACUAGCCUUCGCUUUGGAUCCCUACCCGAACAUGCCGACGAUAGAAUUCCUCGCUGCCGAGCUGGGCCUGUCAACCAGAACGAUCACCAACUGGUUCCACAACCAUCGCAUGCGGCUAAAGCAACAGGCGCCGCACGGCCUGCCCGCGGAACCUCCAGCACGAGAUCAGGCCUCCGCUCCCUUCGAUCCCGUACAGUUCCGUCUCCUGCUCAAUCAGAGGCUUCUGGAGCUGCAGAAGGAGAGGAUGGGCCUGGCGGGGGUUCCUCUGCCGUACCCGCCCUACUUCGCCGCCAACUCCAACUUCGCCGCCCUCAUCGGUCGCGGCCUGCUGCCCACCGACGAGCGCGUCAAGGACCCUGCCGCCGGACUCGACCUCUCGAUGCCGCUGAAGCGUGACCCUGACGGAGACGACUUCGAGGAGGACGACGUCGAGAGCAACCUCGGCUCCGAGGACUCCCUCGACGAUGACUCCAAGACUGAGCCCAAGGCGGCCUCCACCCCCGCUGGUCGGUCCAGCCGCCGCAAGCCCGCGGCGCCGCAGUGGGUCAACCCCGACUGGCAGGACGAGAAGCCGCGCAACCCCGACGAGGUCAUCAUCAACGGCGUCUGCGUGAUGCGCGCCGACGACUACCGUCGCGAGGCCACGGAGACCGUGAGGGUGGAGCCAUCCCCCGCCCCCCGCGAGAGCUCCCCCGCCCCCCAGGACACGCCGCGCGCGCCCCGCACCCCCCGUACGCCGUCCCCGGACGUCCUGCCCGAGGACAAGAUCAAGACGGAGGCGGAAGACGACCGGUGGGAGUAUUAAAGCUUCACUCCGCCGACCUCAGUGCUAGUUCACAACGCGUGUCCGCGGUGCGUGGUCGUGGUCGUGGUCGUGGUCGUGGUCGUGGUCGUGGUCGUGGUCGUGGCCGUGGCCGUGGCCGCGGUCGCGGUCGGUGAACGUUUCGUCGGACGUCAAGACGCCGGUCGUUCGUCUCGCCGUGUUUCCGUUGUUCGAUGUAAGGCCAAAGACUCUGUAUAUAACGUUAGAGCCGCCGUCGGCGUCGUUUGCGAUACAAAAGUUUGCAUUUCGCUUUAAUUUUUUACACACCCGUGGUACCCUGACUCGGUACAAAUAUCUGACUAUAGUAUACUUUAAGUUAAUUAUUAAUUUCUUUCGAUACGAUUUCUGUAAAUAAUCAUACCAAAUAUGUGUCGAGGCAGCGGACGCGUCGCGGCUGCACAAUGUACAUAUGUAUUAUGUAUGUAGGUAGCGGACGCCGCAUCCUAUGUGUAGUGUAGGAAUGCCUGCGUUAGGGUUUAGGGGGAGGGGAGGGGAGGAGG